AUGUCCCCAUCAAACAACACUACCAUCCAACGCCUCCUACUCCUCAAGAUCGCCUCCGAGGCGGAUCAGGACCGCGUCAUCUCCUUGUUCACCGAGAUCCCCGCCAAAGCCCGGCGCGAUGGGAAGCCAUACAUCCUCAACAUGAGAGGUGGAACCGCGAGCAGUACCUCAUUCUCACAGGAGGCGCGGACACAAGGGUACACAGUCGCCAUGGUCACGGAAUUUGCGUCGGAGGACGACGUCAGGUUCUGGGACGCCGAGUGCGUGGCGCACGCGGAGCUCAAGAAGAUCGCAAUGCCCCUUCAGCAGGGUGCCAUGGUCAUGCAUUGGACUAACCAGAUUGCUGUUUGA